CUGUCCUGCUUAUCCACACAGUUUGCUUUGAAUGUUGGGCUUCCCUUCCACACCCCUGAAGAGUAUUUCCUGGGCUGGAAACAGGCACCAUUUGCACUCCCCGACUUUGAUCCCCGGGCGAUAGAUGCCAAAGCUCAGCUCUAUGAUCCCCCCAGCGCUUGCCUGAUCUCAUCCUCCCCAGAGCUGGUUGUGGCUGUUGGCUUCCCUGCUGCUGGCAAAUCAACUUUUUUGAAGCAACAUUUGGCCUCAGUUGGAUAUGUUUAUGUCAACCAGGACACCCUUGGUUCAUGGAAGAAAUGUGUGUCAUUGUGUGAAACGUCAUUGCAAGCAGGAAAGAGUGUAGUAGUGGAUAAUACCAACCCUGACCUAGAAUCAAGGCACAGGUAUACUGAGUGUGCUAAGAAGGCCAACAUUCCCUGCCGCUGCUUCCUUUUUACUGCCUCGUUAGAACAAGCCAAGCAUAACAACAGAUUUCGGGAAAUGACAGAGAAAGAACAUGUGCCUGUCAACAACAUUGUCUUGAACACCUAUAAGAGUAAGUAUGUGGAGCCAUCCCUGGAGGAGGGUUUCUCUGAAAUCCUCAAGAUUAAUUUUGUGCCUCAGUUUACAGACUCCGACUUGGAAUCACUUUACCGGCAGUUUUCAGAAGGCUGACAUCCAACCAGCAGUAUAAUACUGGACAGGGUCUUUUUGUCCUGCCUUUGCCAGAGAAGGCAUGCUUAUGAAGCACGUAAGCUCUCCUUGCUGGUCAAAUAAAAACUCUGUAAUUGGGCUGAAACUCUAAAAAGGGGCAGAGACAUUUCUACAAUGACUCUUUUCUGUGAAAAAAUGUCUUAGAAGGUAUCUGAAAUAAAGUUUUGAAAGUCAAA